AUGGCCAAUAAAAAAGGUAAAAAAGGUGAAACUGGCAGUAGCAAAAAACAAAUAACAAAUGAAGUUGUUACUCGUGAAUAUACGGUCAAUUUACAUAAACGAUUGCAUGGCGUAGCUUUCAAGAAACGAGCACCACGUGCAGUUAAAGAAUUAAAAAAAUUUGCUGAAAAAAUGAUGAAAACACCUGAUGUUCGUAUCGAUUCAAAAUUAAAUAAGGAGGUUUGGUCACAAGGAAUCAAUCAUGUUCCUUAUCGUGUUCGAGUUCGUUUAGCUCGACAACGUAAUGAAGAUGAAGAUUCACCACAUAAACUUUAUACAUUGGUUACAUUUGUUCGAGUACCUUCAUUUAAAGGAUUACUCACUGCUAAUAUUGUUGAUAUUUUAGACGAUGAUUCAAAUCAAACACGACAAUUAUCAACAAAAGUAUUUCGAUCUGAAUCAACAUCAUUACCAUUUGGUAUUGCUAAUGUUCUUCAAUCGACGAAUGAAUCAUCAAAAAUUUGUCAAACACCUAUAACAACAUCAAUAUCAUCAGUUAAUCCAUGGUUAAUGGCUUUACAUCAUCUAUCACAAUCAUCAUCAACAGCAGCAUUAGCGAAUGCAUCAAAUUGGUGUGCUAAAUGUUCAAUACAAUUUCGUCUUACAAGUGAAUUAGUUCAUCAUAUUCGUGUUCAUCAUGCAACACGACGUAAUUAUCAUCAUCAUCAAAUAUCUACAGAAACAACAACAACAACAACAACAAGAAAAACAUUUACAAAUUCAACAUCAUCUAUGAAUCUUACUUGUCAUAUUUGCUAUGAAACAUUUCGAGAACGUCAUCAUUUAACACGUCAUAUGACAUCACAUCGUUAG